CUCUCGCGCUGGCGACGAUGCCGCGCGCGCGACCUCGCGGCCGAAUCGCCAAGCACUCGGCAUGGAUCCAGCUCCAUGUUCGCCCGUGAAAGCGAUGCGGUGUCCCCGCGGUUAGGUGGACGUGCGAUUCUCGUGUGUGCUGCGGGUACGCGCUCGCGCUGCUUUACGCGUCGUGCGAGCCGUGACGUGCGAGCCGACGCCGACGUCCUCGGCGUGAUCGGCGCUGUUGAUUCGUGCGCGCUCGCGAGACAGUGCGUCGUCGGACAACCUCGUUCCGUGCGUCUCGGUGUGGCGUGGCGGCACAGCAGCAGCAGCAGCAGCAGAAGCAGCAGCAGCAGCAGCAGCAGAAACAGGAGCAGGAGCAGGAGCAGUAGCGGUAGCAGUAUCGACGGCGGUAUCAGCAGCAGCAGUAGCAGCGGCGGCUACUGCUGCGACGACCUCGACUCGCGGCAACAGCAGCAGCUCCUACGAGGCGUCCACCCGCGAGGACCCCGUAGAAGCCGAUCACGGCUGCGGCGCGAGCUGGCGAGGAGGACUCGUCGUCGGAGCGUGUCGGCGACGGCGACGGCAGCGGCGGCUGCGGCGGCGCGUGCUGCGAGGACGAGGUGAAUGCACGGCGGCCGCGGUGUGUGCCAGUGCUGGUGUGCGCGCUCGUCGCCCGUGGAAACCCGCCAAAACCCGCGGCCGCGAACAACCACCGCCACUACCACCAACAGCAGCAACACCAACAACAUCAACAACAACAUCAACAACAACAACAACGACGACGACGACGAUAUCGACUUUGUCACUCGAGAGCGGAGUAUCUCGUCGGGUGCCGACGGCGACGACGACGACGCCGGCGAUCCUGGUAGUACGGGAGAGAUCUUUCGACGCCGACGACAGCGGCUGCGACAGCAGCAGCAGCAGCAGUGGCGGCUACUGUCCGGCUCACACGUCGCUGACGACAGCAACGGCGGUGACGGCAGCGGCGGCGGCAGCGGCGACGGCGGCGGCGUUCUGUUAUUAUUUUGCCGCGGUGCUUUUGACCCUUCGUACCGGGCGAGUUCAUUGCGGCGCUGUCGCGGGGGUGUCAGCCGGUAGUAAUACAUCCACCGCGCUCUCUACCGCGUAUCCUCUUCCUCCUCCUCCUCCUCCGUCCGUCCGUGCGUUCAUAGCAGCGCCGGCGUCGACGAGACGGCCGCCUCGUGAUCGAGAGGACACAGCGGAGGAUCGGGGCGCGUCCUUAAGAAGGCCGCUCGUCGGUCUCGCGGCCGCGGAGAACGAGCCCGGUGGAGUAUCGGCCGUUCCGCGGCGAGAUCGACGGCGCGCACCUUCACGGCGACGUCGCCGCGAGGCCGGGAGACGCUGAUCGGCGAGUACACCGCGCGCGGGCCACGUGAUACGCAUCGGCGCGACAACGACGGUCAGUCAGCAGUCGUCCGCGAGGAGCCGCGCGUCACGCACCACGUUCGACGACAGACCGGUGCGAAGGCGCGCGCGCGCGCGCGCUGCGGACACCGGCACACGCAUCUCUCUCGCGUCGGAUCGAGAGUGCGCGUCGUCGUUUCUCUCCAGCUGUGCCUACGGCCGGACGGCUGAGAGUCCGCAGGAGAGAACGUUCUCUCGAACGAGUGUCACCGACCGACCGGCGCGCGAUACUCUCCGCGGGUCCUUGCGCCGGUGAGUGCGCGAGUGAGUAACGACGAGAGAGAAAGAGAGAGAGAGAGAGAGAGAGAGAGGAAAGAAGGUAGAAAUAAGGGAGAGCAGCCGACUGUCAAAAACUGGCGUCGCGCGACGACGAGGUCGUCGGCCCGCCGGAAGUCGUCCGACAUUUUAGCAGCGGCGAGAAGAGCGGAGACCACGCAGGUGUCCACGUGUGAGCCACCGCAGUCAUCGACGACCAUCAACCACCACCACCACCACCACCAC